GAUUACAGGGCCCUAGUCGGCGAUCGGUCGUUGCACUUGUUGGAAAUAGUUGCUCUGUAGGUGAUGGCCAGCGCAGGUAGAUCGGUACGCCUUUUCGUCGGCAACCUGCCGUGGACCGUAGGACAUAGGCAACUAAGAGAAUAUUUCGCUCAGUUUGGCCCACUUCAAAGUGCUAGAGUAGUUUUCGAUCGCUCAACAGGUCUGAGCAAAGGUUAUGGUUUCAUUGAAUUUGUGAGCUCAGCUGAUGCUGCUGAUGCAACCAAUAAACAAAUACACACCUUAGAAGGUUUGAAUUUGUCUGUACAAGCUCAAAAUAAUUAAUUCUUUUUAGAAAUGGCUGAGGCACUGCCAGAAUAUCCUGAUUCAGAUUUUUCUGAUGAUGAACAGUCUCCUUUAGAUAUAUCAUUUAACAAAGCUUCUGACCAUGUUAGGAAAA